UGUCAGAGCUGUCAAGCGUGCGAGUGAACUUUUUUUGAGAGGUUGGUAGAACAAGUUUGGGAUGGAAAUAACAAAAAAUUACGCAAUGUGGUAUGUACAAAUUAGAGCUGUUGACAUUAAUUUAACAUUGGGAAUGAUUAAAAUACUAUUAAUAAUUGCCGGAAUUGAAAUAAAUCCUGGUCCUCUCCCCCGCUCACCACUUCGGUCAAGUCAGUUGGAUAUGCAAAAAAGGGGGCGGGGUAGACCUAGGAAGGAAAGUCACAAGGAUGAAGAAAGGGAAACACAGUUACUGGAAAUUUUAAGUGAGGAAUACCAAAUUGAAGAAAAGGUCGAAAGAAAUAAUGGGACCCCGAGAAAUUCGAAAAUUCAGGAUUAUUUUAAACCGGCAAGAGAAACCGAAAAACAAGUUAAACUUAGAAAUUCAAUCAAUAAAAGCUGAAGUUAAUAAGAUAAAAGAAGAAAAUAAUAGUUAUAAAGAAGAGAUGAAGAUAAUUGGUUACAAGAUACAAAAAUUAGAAGAAAAUUAUAAAAAUAACGAAAAGAUAAAAGGUAUGUUGGAAUUCGAAUUUGAUAAAUUGGUAAAUGAGACUACAAAUAAGAAUAUAAUAAUUUUUAAUUUUCCGGUUAAAACAUGGAACGUUGUUCAAGAAAUCAAACAAUUUAUUAACGAAGAAUUAGGUCUAAAAAAUAUAGAAAUUGAAGGACUAGUUCAACUUAAAAAUAGUAAGAAUAACCUAAUAAUAAAAGUAAUUCUGGAAUCUGUAAAAGAUAGAAAUUUAGUUCUCAAAAGAUUUUGGACUUUGAAACCAAAAAUUGUUAAUGAAACCGAGAAAAAAAUAAUAAUUACAACGGAUUUGUGUAUUAGAUCAAGAAUUAGAAGAAAAAAACUACAGGAUCAAAUUAAAGUGGAAAAAACUACUAAAAAUAAAAUAUUAAUAAGAGAUGAUUACUAUAUUAAGGAUAAUAUAAUAUAUACAAUUGAUAUGAAUACAAACAAGAUUCUUCAAAUGGAUUGUUCUCUUAGAAAUACACAGACGAUUAAAAAGAACAGGACUGACAAGAGAAUCAUACCGAAUUAAGUUUAUAUUCCUCUAAUAAGAAAACAGUAAUUGAAAAAAAUUGUAAUAAAAGCUUAGUAAAACUGGAAAAUAGUAAAGUAAAAGUAAAGGAAAAAAUGUUAGUAAU